AUGAUAUCCCCAGAUCUUAUUUUAGACCCGCAAUUGAAGUACUGGGUUUUAUUACCCAUUUCAUUUGUUAUGGUCUUGGUAGGUUUAUUAAGAUCGAACAUUACAUUAUUGCUUACACCAUCACCGAAAUUGACGCCAUACAAAACAGCAAGGGAGAAGUAUGUAUAAGAGCAAAAAGGGACGGAAAGUUAAGAGUUAACUACAAUUAAGCUGCAGUAUACUAACGGAAUGCAUUUAGACAAUUUUUGAACAGGGCCGUUUGUUUUAGAAAAAAUAAUGGUAUUUUAGCUCCUAGUGACUUUGAAACUAGACAACAAUACUAUAUUGAAAAAUUGA